ACAUUGAAUUUAUGGUGUUGAUAUAGGGACGGGCACUAUUUUUCUGAGGUUCUUUACCCAUAAAUCAUAAGCAUAUAAAAAACCGAAAGCACACUCAAAAAAUACAGCAUGUUGUAUGUUGAUGCAUAAUCUACAAGAAUUCAAAAUUUAUGCCGCACAUGGAGAAUUUGGUAGGGCUUCUCUUUAAUUUGGUGAUUUUUAGCCACCUUUUCAUGGGAAGGAAAUUACAGUCAUGAGCAUUUUUCCUUGAUCAUGACCUCUUCUAGGCCUGGAGUCAACUGGAUCCGCAUUGAAUUGGCCAAAUUUGAGCUCUUCUAAUCUUUCUUUACUCUUUCUCCCUGUUUGAAUGCAUAAUGCAAAAACCAAAAACAGAAAACAAAAGUAAAAAGUAGAAAAAGAAGCUGAGGUUCUUUUGAAUCGAUAUGGGUUGGUAUCUAGUGGAACUUGCAGGUGCCAGUCUGUAUUGUACAGUUUGGGAUGGGCCAAUUCGAUUAGGAACUAAGUACCAUUGUCAUUCCAUGGCUCGUUCCCUACUGGUUUGGUACAGUUAUCCAGUAUGAACCAGAUUUGCAAUCAUCUUUGAUGACAAUCGAUCAUUUAGAUCAAACCUGAAAAGGGCUUGCAUUUGAUUUUGUCCCAUACUAGAAACGGUUGGUUGGGGAAUUUGAUCAAAUCUAUCAUCGGACAUUAGAAAGAGGAGUUAGGCCCUUAAACCUAUUCUAUGCAUGAACAUCAAAAUCCACCGUACUUUGAUGUAAAAGAGAAUAUUAUAAUUUUUUCAUUACAUUCAUUAGAUCUUUAGAUGGCUUUACAUCUACAUAUAUUAACCAUAAUGAUUUGAAGCACACAAAACUAGAACGUCAUCUAAACCAUUUAGUUAGCUUAGUCGUAGUCCUUCAACUGAAUGAUGACUAUGGAAGGCAAAAAGGAGAAGAUAUUUAUAUAUCUUCUCUCUUGGCAAAACUUAAAAGGAUUUCAUAAGUUGCUUUAAGCAUGAUGCUUUUAAUACAACAUGAAAGGUAUAUUUUAUCGAGGCACUUCAUGUACGUAUAUACAUAUACAUGUAUAUAUAUGUGUGUGUACACAUAUAAUAAAGAAGAUGAAUAAAUUUUUGAAUCUUGUUAGUCAUCAAGCUCGAAGUUACAGUUACAUCUGCUCGUAGAGGAUUUGUUUGAAUAUAAAUGCAAACAUAAAGACUCACUAAUUCAGUCAUUGAUAUACUUAUUCUUGUAGUUAUUAAAUCUGCUAAAUCUUAUGUUUCACUAAGCACUAAAAUAUAUAUAUAUGCUGAAGUUCUAGCUACCAUGGGUACCAUUCGCAGAUGGAUGCUGAUGAUCACUUCGUGAAAGAAAAAAAAACAGUUAUCAUUCUUUCAAAAAUUAUCCUUUUAAAUUUUGUCUCUGAUAGUUGUUUAUUUUAUUUGUCUCUGUUUUGCCACUUACUAUACAAUAAGUUCUGCAGAUUAUAAAGCCUCUACCAGAUUCAUCUGCUAAACAUGGUGAUUCCAUACCAAAUGGAACGAUCAUAUGAAUGCAACAUAUGAGAACUCGAAAAUGGCUGCAUAGCCACUUGCAUGCAUCACCCAUAACUGGUAAUUUGGAGGUGUGUGGAAGCCAAUCUUUUAAAAAGUUUCGAAGUGCAGAAGAGCUUAGAAAAUGGGUGCAAUAGCAAGUUUCAAGAGAGGUCCUAUAGUGGGUACAAUGUCCUAGAUCGAAGUUUUUUGGCUCCUAGAUAUGUCUAAUCACUCUACAGAAAGAAUUGGCAAUUGCUGUCAAAUCCUGUUUCUGUUUGUCCAUGCGAUGCCAUGAAGCUUGAAUGUAUCAGUGCGAACUGGGUGAUCGACUGUUCCUAGUGCUAAUUGUUAGCUGUUUUGGAGGUGAUAGAGAGUCAGAUACUGGAGAUUACCGGCGGCUUGAAAUUGAGGGGAAUGGGAAAACAUGGAGGCAAGACCAGAAAAUAAGACUGCAACAUGUUGAUACUGGUGGUUAUCUACACAGUCAUAACAAGAAAUACUCUCGUAUAGCCGGUGGGCAGCAGGAGGAUGCUGGGAUAUCUGACUCUUAUCCACUUACUGCCGAUGAUGUACAGGAGGAGGAAGAGAACCUUUGUUGAUUUUUUUUUUAGUUUUGAUAUAAUAUAUUUAAUUUUGAUGUUUGAAUAAUGUUAUCUUGUAGAAUUAGAUAAUUUAUAUUUUUUAUAUAAUAUUAGUUUUUU